CAAAUGAAAUUAACAAAUUUACUUUUAGAGAAUAUAAAGUUGUUACUAUAAGCUUUUAGUUUAAAAUACAGUUAAAACUACUACGUUUUGACAUCAAUACAUUGAAAAUGUAGUUGGCAUUUUAAAAGUUCAUGGAAUGCAGCCCUGUAUAUUCCUUAUCAGACAUCUUUUGCAUAAAAAUAUACAUAACCGGAAAAAGAUAAACAACGAUAACAAAAGCUAAAUACACGUAUCAAAGUUCAAGGGUAGAAACACAAUUUACAACAAAUAAAUCGUACAUUGUAUUUGGAGCCAUAAGAAAUUUAAAAUAAAAUGUCUUUUGGGAAACUAGUAGGAUCAAUUGACGAGGGCACAACGUCCGCUCGCUUUAUGAUCUUUCGUGCAGGUACAAACAAUGUUGUGUGUUAUCAUCAAAUCCCAGUGCCGUCUAUUUAUCCACAAGAAGGUUGGGUGGAGCAAGAUCCUAUGGUUGUAUAUGAUUUAGUAAUAGAGUGCAUUGAGGAAGCCGUUAAAAAACUCGAAAAGUUAGGAGGUUCAGCCAAGGAUAUCAUUGCUAUUGGUAUAACAAACCAAAGAGAAUCAACUAUAAUUUGGGAUCGGGCAACCGGUAAGCCAUUGCAUAAUGCAAUCAUAUGGUUGGAUAAUCGUACUUCAAGUACCGUUGAUGAGCUUGUCGAGACAAUACCUAACAAGUCGCGUAAUAUCAAUUAUUUAAAACCUCUAUGUGGUCUUCCUAUUUCACCGUAUUUCUCAGCUUUAAAAAUGCGUUGGAUGAAAGAUCAUGUAGGUGAUGUUCAAAGGGCAAUGGAAGCUAAUACCUGCCAAGUUGGCACUAUUGAUACGUGGUUAAUAUAUAAACUCACGGGUGGACCUGAUGGUGGGGUUCAUUACACUGAUGUAACAAAUGCUUCACGCACAAUGUUAAUGAAUAUUGAGACGCUAAGAUGGGAUCCACAUCUCUUGCGUUUCUUCGGCUUACCAGCCGCUAUGCUCCCUCAAAUCCGUUCAAGCGCAGAACGUUAUGGGGAUGUUACUGUUGGUGUCUUGAAAGGUGUACCAAUAACUUCAUGUUUAGGAGAUCAACAGGCGGCACUUGUGGGGCAACAAUGUCUAAGUCAUGGUCUCGCGAAAUCCACUUACGGCACAGGUUGCUUUCUUCUUUAUAAUACAGGGACAUCCAUAGUACAAUCCAAACAUGGCUUACUUACUACAGUUGGGUAUCAAUUAGGACCGCGUGCACCGAUUGCGUAUGCCUUAGAAGGUAGUGUAGCUAUUGCUGGUGCAGCUAUAAACUGGAUGAAAAACAAUUUGGAAUUGUUUGAUUCCGUUAAUCAAGUAGAGGAGAUGGCUGGAAAAGUAGAUAGCUCUUUGGACGUAUAUUUUGUGCCGGCUUUCAGUGGCCUUUAUGCUCCAUAUUGGAAUCAAGAAGCUCGUGGUGCAAUCUGCGGUUUAAGUGAAGAAACAACAAGCGAACAUAUUGUACGUGCUACUCUCGAGGCCAUUUGCUUUCAAGUCCGAGACAUUUUGGAAUCAAUGCGCAAAGACUGUGGCAUACCAAUGUCCAAAUUGAUGGUUGAUGGCGGCAUGACCGCUAACAAUCUAUUUUUACAGAUACAAGCCGAUCUGGUUGGUAUAAACGUGAUUCGUGCUAAGAUGCAGGAAACAACAGCAUUGGGCGCUGCAUUGGCUGCUUACAUGGUUGUGGAACCGAGCUUUGACAUCACAGCACCUCUUGUCGGUAGCUCUGGUGAGCUGAGUAUUUUCAAGCCAGCUAUUGGAAAUUACGAAAGGAAUAUGCGUUACAAAAAAUGGAAAAUGGCUGUGGAACGUUGCAUGAAUUGGGAUACUUCUUCAUUGACAGAAACUUCAAAGCUAGACUUUUAAAAUUGCUUGUUCAAUAUAAUUAUGCGAAAGACAUACAUACACUUACAAUAUUUGGAACGAAAUUUCAUUAAUUAAAUGCUAAUUAUUCUUUGUAAAUAAGAAACGUAUAUUAA